UAUUCCUGUCGCACCUGUAGGCAGCCACAGUCCGGGGGGGCGGGGGCUGCGAGGAAACUGAGGCCGGGCAGGAGCAUCACAGGGCGGCGUCACAACAAGCGGCACCCCGCCGGAGGCCGGUCCGUCCGGAAACCAGAGUGGAAGUGUCGGCGUCACGGCGCGAACAUGAGCGGAAGAGUCGGAGAGCUGAGCCCGAACCAGGCGGAAGUUCUGCAGCAAUUUCGAUCGAGGGUACGAGACGUUCUUCCUGAACUUCCUGCGCAGCACGACCACUUCCUGCUACGCUGGCUACGAGCCAGAAACUUUAGCCUCCAGAAGUCCGAGGCCAUGCUGAGAAAGCACCUGGAGUUCAGGAAACACAUGAAAGUUGACACCAUCAUCUCUGACUGGCGUCCUCCAGAGGUGAUACAGAAGUAUCUGUCUGGAGGGAUGUGUGGCUACGACCGAGAGGGCAGCCCCGUCUGGUAUGACGUGAUCGGACCCGUGGAUCCCAAAGGCCUCUUCCUUUCUGCCUCCAAGCAGGACUUUGUCAAGUCCAAGAUCAGAGACUGUGAGAUGCUGCAGAAGGAGUGUAACCUUCAGUCAGAGCGACUGGGCAGGAAUAUCGAGUCCAUCACUAUGAUCUACGAUGUUGAAGGUCUGGGACUGAAGCACUUAUGGAAGCCUGCUAUAGAAACCUACAGCGAGAUCCUCCAAAUGUUCGAAGAUAACUACCCAGAAGGCCUGAAGAGGCUGUUUGUCAUUAAAGCUCCUAAGCUCUUCCCUGUGGCCUUCAACCUCGUCAAGCACUUGCUGAGUGAGAUCACACGACAGAAGAUCCACAUUCUGGGAGCUGACUGGCAGGAGGUUUUACUGAAGCACAUCGCCGAAGACGAGCUGCCGGCCGUCUACGGGGGUAAACUGACCGAUCCUGACGGAGAUCCUCGCUGUCGGACCAGGAUAAACCAUGCCGGACCCGUUCCCCAUUCUUAUUACGUGCGAGAUCACGUAAAGGUGAAUUACGAAUGUUGUCUGACCGUCAGCCGGGGUUCUACCCAGCAGCUGGACUUUGAGAUCCUGUUUCCAGGCUGCGUCCUCCGGUGGCACUUCGCCAGUGACGGCGCAGACAUCGGUUUUGGGGUGUUUCUAAAGGCCAAAAAGGGCGAGUGGAAGAAGGCUUCAGAGAUGCAGGAAGUGGUUCCCAGUGAGAGGUACAACGCUCACCUGGUACCUGAGGAUGGCUCGCUGACCUGCGAGCGCCCGGGAGUCUACGUGUUGAGGUUCGACAACACCUACAGCAUUUUCCAGGCCAAACGGGUCAGUUAUUCUGUGGAGGUCCUGCUCCCAGACCACCUGCAGUCCUCUCAGACCAACCGUCUGCAAGUCAGGGGCAGCAGCUAGUCCCGACAACGAUCAGACGUUUCAUCAUGAAGUCACGCUGUGGACAGAACCUGCUGCCCAGAAACGUUCAGCUCUUCCAUCUAAAUAUUAAAUGACUCGUGGUUUGUCUGAUCCAACUCAGGUCUGUUCAAGAAGCACUAAGCAUGAAGAAGACCCGCAGAACAAACGUGGAGGUUCUGUUCAUGUUUCACGGGUACGACGGAGGGUUAGGCUCCUCAAAAAAAAACAACUAGAUUUUAUUUUCACGUUAAAGUUCAAAUGUCAAGAAUAAAAUAUUUACAGGAAAAA